CGGUCCCCAGCCCCGCCUCCUGUCGUGAAGAACUGGGCCGCUGUCCUCGAGGGUCUCGAGGGUCUCUGUGCAGCCUCCUGCCUGAGCCGCGCCGGAAACUGGGUGGGCCAGGGAGUCGCGAAGCUGAGUUCCGCCAUGGCGCUCCAGGUGCCCAUCAGCUUCAAGGACUUGGCCGUGCGGUUCUCUGAAGAGGAGUGGCGGCUCCUGCAGGAGGGGCAGCGGGAAUUCUACAGAGACGUGAUGCGGGAAAACUACGAGACGUUGGUGUCUGUGGGGACCUCUGAGCUGCUUCCUCUCUCUGCUUUCCUGUCACCCACAGAGCCUGGAGGAACCACAGCUGGAGAGAGCCACCAUGAUAAGGGACAAGAACCCCCAUUGGAGCAUGGCUCCCAAGGAGGGCAGCCCCAGCAGAGCCUACACCUCACCGCCUUAGUGCAGCUGGUAAAGGAGAUUCCAGAGUUCUUGUUUGGAGAAGUGAAGGGCACCGAGGACUACUCCGAGAGUGGGAGCACCAGUCUGGAUGGGGAGCAAGCGAGCCCUGAGGUAGCUGGGACUGUGGAAACUUACCCUCCCCGAAGCCUGCUCAAUUCUCUUCCAGAGAGCCCAGAAAGCCACCCCAGCCUGGCCACCACACCCACAGGCAGCUCAUCUUCCAGUGGCCCUCCUGGAGACUGGGCUCAAGAAAGCUCCCUACCUACCAGAACCGCUGAUAAACCACUAACCAUAGAGAAAGAAGGCUUAGGGGCCUCAAGAGAGACUUCCAUUCAUCCCACUCAAAGCCUGGACCAGAGCAAGAGCCACCUAAGACAAGAUAGAGGAACCUCUCCUGAGAACAGUCCCUUGCAAGGCCUCAUCAACUGUCUAAAGGAAAUCCUUGUGCCUGGGCCCCAACACCAGCACCGUGGGACAGCCCCAGACUUGCCACCUUCUCUUCCUGGCCUGAGUGUGUUGAAACAGACCAGAGCUGAGGUGGAGCCAGGGAGCCUGCCCUGUCCCGUGAAGACAGAGGCAAUAUCCGGGGAUUGUCCCCUUCAGGGCCUGCUGAACUGUCUGAAGGAGAUCCCAGAAGCCCCAGACAGGCGUCCUAGCCCCUCAGGAGUUGGGGACCUGCAGCUGCAGGCAGAUCCAGGGAAAAGGAAUUCUGGAGGGAUGAGAUGCCCCCAGACUCCUCCUCUCCGCCGUAGUCAUGGAGCUGGAAGUAUGCUUGCCAUGGUGAAGGUAGAAGAUAGCUGGGCCCAGAGUCCCCCAGUGCCAGCAUCCUGCCAGCUUAGCAGACAAGGCCACAGUCCCUAUUUCACCGGAGAUAACAGAGAGAUCCGUGUACCCCGCUGGGGCCCCAUGAUGACUCUCGCUGGCAGGGCAUCAAGCUCACCGCUAGAAGCUCUGGAGGCCUGUCUGAAGGGCAUUCCUCCAGGUGGAUCAUCACCUCUGCAAUCUCUAGCCACCUCGUGGUCCAGAAGUCCCCAGCCAGGAGAUGCUGGGUCUCAGAGACUUGAGCUACAGCCACAAGGUUCUCACAGUGAAGAAGCUACAAGAGAGCCACUUCUGCCUCUGAGCUUGCAGGGCUGCAUGAGAGAGGGACUUGGGGUUCAACCCUCUGGCUCUCAGGGUACCCCUACCAGCUUCUCCUCAGCCAGCAGCAGUGAUGGGGAUCUGGAUUUCGGGAGCCCCAGGAGCAGUCAGGGGCAACGGCUUGGAAAAGGAUAUCCACCAGGAAACUCUCCACUCCAAGGCCUGGAGAACUGUCUGAGAGAGAUCCCCAUUCCCAGGCCACAGGCUGCCUGGCCUUGCUCCUUGGCUGCAGACAGGGGGUUGAAGAAAACAGAGCCCAGGAACUGGACUGCAGACAGAGAAGGACCAAAGAGUGAGGCCUGUGAGCCACCCCACUUCAGACAGGGUCAGGAAGAAGUACCCAGCAGAAGUCUCCGUCUAAGCAGUACACAGACCUGUCCUCCCACCUAUCACCAAGUGGCUGCCAGGCCAAGAAUGUGGCAAUGGCCAAAAGAUGAGACAGCCACCAUGCCCUCCCCUCUACACUGCCUGGAGAGCUCUCUGAGGGGGAUCUUGCCUGUGAGGCCCUUGCGUUUCACCUGCGUGACUGGUCCAGGCCCAAGUCCCAGCCCCUGCUCCAGCUCCAGCUUCAGCAGCUCUGAUGGAGAAGACCUAAGGCCAGAGACGGCCCUCUGGCAGCCAGCCCUCCAGAAGAAAGACUACCUUCCCUCUGGAAAGGGUCCUGAGCCUCUGAGCCCUGUCUCGGGAGCAUCCCCAAGAGGCAGCAAAAAUAGCCAUCUUGCUGAAGAUCCUAAGACAACAGAGCCUGGGGACUGUAGCAGCCUCAGCACAGGAAAAACAGAAAGGACAGGAGCCAAAUCCCAGUCACCCAGAAGAGAAGGGACUGCAGAGCACACGUGUCAUCCUGGCCCUGUCAGCAGUGAUGAAGGAAAAGGAGAAGCAUCUGGGUGCCCAUGGCCUGCCUCUCAGCUGGAGAAAAGGCCUGAGACCAAGGGUACUGAAGAAUCCAGGGACCAGGAGCCUGGACAUAAGCAACCCGGUGCCAUAGCCAGGACCCAGGGGAAUCUGCUCUCUGAGGACCCUCUGGAGACACCUAGCAAGUCUCCCCUUCCCAUAGCAGCCUUGUCAAAGUGGCCACCCACUUCUUUCCAGUCACCGUGCCCCUGUGGAAGAUCCCUGCAGCAGGAGCUGCAUAGCCUUGGUACUGCCCUCACGGACAAGCUAGACCAGCUUGCAGCAGCCUUGGCAGGCUUGACUCAGGAAGUGGCCACCAUGAGGACCCGGAUGGAUCGGAUGGAAAGGCACCCACGGAGCCUUGGACCAAAAGGCCAGGCUUCUUGGCAGUUGGCCCUCCCGCGGAGACCUCGAUGGGCCAACAGACUGGACCACAGACAUCCACCCUACCAGAGGCAGAAGGGCCCCACCAGGCCCAAACCAAAGAUCCUGCGGGCCCAGGCAGAAGGCUGCAAGGCUGGUGACUGCCCAGGACUCCCUAGAGGGAAGGGCACUUUGGUACCUCAGCUGCCUCCAGAUGCUUCCUUGGUAGACUCUUCCAGGCCCACCUGUAGCUUAUCCCAGCAGAUCUCAGCACCUGGAGGCCACAAUGUGCUGACUGCACACCCUCUUGUGGAACACACUGGAUGCCACCAGAAUCCCCUCUCCCCUUCAGUGCCUACUGCCUUGGUCCCCCUUGUGGCCUCACCUGAAACCAGUGCAGACACAGAACCUCAGGCUGCAAGAGUGGCAGCCAUCAGCUCUCCAAACCAGCACAGGGAACCUAACAGCCUGCUAGGGGGAGCCCUUAGUAAAGACCUCUGGGGAGGUGACCACAGGGAUCCAAGGUGGGGGGCCCAUUAACUGUGCUGUUUGUCUGCUCAGGCUUGCUGAGAUCCGCUGGGUGGCUGGGAUGCCCUGGUGGGAUCCUCUGGGGUACAACCAUCACAGGCUUCCUGUUUCCCAGGGGUUAUAUCUUCCUUACUUACUCAGCCAGCCCUCAUUGCUGCUACAAGCCUGGCCCUUAGCCUCUGCUAUGCCAGGCCCCCAUGGUGUCUGCACAGAACUACUAUAGAGGCAUUCCUCAGCCAUACCUCUGACUUUCUCGGCUCAGGUUCAGUCAGCCAGUUGCUCUUCCUCCUUAGCAGAGCCAUCUAGGUUCCAAGUGGAUGUCAUGCAUACCACAUAUGAACAGAGCCAGCUGCAGAGGGCACUGUGAAGGCACCUUAACCUGAUUGCCUGUUCCUGAUUUCAAGGACACUAAAAGGCCAGCCUUUGUCUAUCUAGAGUGAAUACUUCACAGAUCUCAUUUAGGGAAGAGCUGGCCUGUGGUGUAAGCUGAAAUGACCCACAAAGCUGGUAAGAAAAGGCCAUUGGCUCCUAUGGAAGGGUUCUCAGAGGAGACAAUACUCAGGCAUGGUUGCCUGGAUUGUCACCACUACAAUGGGAGUUAGGCAGCUCAUGUUCCCCUCUUCCACACAUGUGCCUCAAGAGAACUGCCAUAUGUGGUAAGGCUGGGAACAGAAUGCCACAGAGUUCCUGGGGAAGAGCACUUUAGUCAGUCUCAUAGGGUCUGGGCAGCUUGAAUCAGGGGUCCCAAAUCAAGGUCUUGUCAGGGUUGGUUCUACAGAGGACAUCUGGCUCUGUCGGGGACUGUCUUCAUGCUCACAUGGCAUCUUCUGUGAGUCUUUUUUUCCAAAUGCCCUUCCUGCCAAGACACAGGAUGGCACUCAUUCUUGUUUGAACUUAAUCUUCUCUAAAGUCUCUAAGAAAUAUCAUCACAUUCUUAAGUGCCGGGGAACAUGUGGCAAUGACAGCCUUUCAAUAUUAUGACAGUGUUAUCAUCUAGAAAGUUCACACUUGAGAACCAGACAGUUGAGAUUAAAAAGAAAAA